AUGAACAAUAUCACAGGAGGCGUGUACACCUUCUGCGAUAUUGGGGGGAAUUACGAACAAGAUCACAGGGUGGGGGAGGUGUAUGCCCCUGCGAUAUUGGGAGUAAUAUCAUCCUCCCCCAACCUGGAUAUUAGCAACAAGAUCACAGAGGGGGUGUACACACCCUGCGAUAUUGGAAGUAAUAAGAUAUUAUCUCCGCCGGAUAUUAGGAAAAAUAUCACAGUGCGAGUGUACAUUUCCUACGCUGUUGGGAUGCUGGUUUUUAUCUUUUAUUUUUCCAAUCCUCUUUUCUUCUCAUGGUGUCCAAGUGACACAGAGCCACAGAAUCUGACAGGUGUCUCAGAAUUCCUCCUCCUGGGACUCUCAGAGAAUCCAGAACUGCAGCCCUUCCUCGCUGGGCUCUUCCUGUCCAAGUACUUGGUCGCGGUGCUGGGGAACCUGCUCAUUAUCCUGGCCGUCGGCUCUGACUCCCACCUCGACACCCCCAUGUACUUCUUCCUCUCCAACCUGUCCUUGCCUGACAUCGGUUUCACCUUGGCCACAGUCCCCAAGAUGAUUGAGGAGAUGCAAUCGCAUAGCAGAGUCAUCUACCAUGGGGGCUCCCUGACACAGAUGUCUUUCUUUGUCCUUUUUGCAUGUAAGGAUGACAUGAUCCUGACUGUGAUGGCCUAUGACUGGUUUGUGGCCAUCUGUCACCCCCUGAACUACCCAGGCAUCAUGAAUCCUCACCUCUGUGUCUUAUUAGUUUUCGUGCCUUUUUUCCUUAGUCUGUUGAAUUCCCAGCUGCACAAUUUGAUUGUGUUACAAUUCAUCUGCUUCAAGAAUGUGGAAAUCUCUAAUUUUUUCUGUGACCCAUUUCAGCUUCUCAACCUUGCCUGUUCUGACAGUGACAUCAAUAACAUAUACAUAUAUUUAGAUAGUACUAUAUUUGAUUUUCUUCACAUUUCAGGGAUCCUUUUGUGUUACUAUACAAUUGUCUUCCCCAUUCUAAGAAUUCCAUCCUCAGAUGGGAACUAUAAAGCCUUCUCCACCUGCGGCUCUCACCUGGCAGUUGUUUGCUUAUUUUAUGGAACAGGCAUUGGCGUGUACCUGACUUCCACUGUGUCAUCAUCCCCCAGGAAUGAUGUGGUGGCGUCAGUAAUGUACGCUGUGGUGGUCACCCCCAUGCUGAACCCCUUCAUCUGCAGCCUGAGAAACAGGGACAUUCAAAGUGCCCUGUGGAGGCUGCACAGCAGAACAGUCUAA